AUGACGCUCGACAAACUCUCCAACAACCGCGCAGUGCAGAUGCUGAAUCAAGCUGCAGAGGGCAAAUAUGGUGUACUCGGAGUCGUAUCCUACAAUCUCGAGACCAUAGUAGCAGUCAUUCGAGCAGCAGAAAAGAAACGCUCCCCAGUUCAAAUCCUCCUCUUCCCAUGGGCAUUACAAUACUCGCCAUUGUUCGUCGAUCUCGCAGCCAAUGCCGCUCGCAAAGCCAAAGUCCCCGUCACAGUGCACAUGGACCAUGCACAAGAUCCAGAGAUCAUCAAGCAAGCUUCACAGAUUAAAGCUGCUGAUGGUACCCCUGCUUUCGACUCGAUUAUGGUUGACAUGUCACAUUACGAGAAAGAGGAGAAUUUGGCAAAGACGAAAGAGCUUGUUGCUUUAUGCCAUUCGAGGGGUAUUUCCACAGAAGCUGAGCCGGGGAGGAUUGAAGGCGGUGAGGACGGUGUGAAGGACACGGCUGAGUUGGAGGGCAUGAUGACCACGGAAGAAGAGGUGGAUGAUUUCAUUGCGACUGGUAUCGACUUUUUGGCUCCGGCUUUCGGGAAUGUCCAUGGAGAUUAUCAUGGUGUUGAGAAUAUUCACUUGGACUAUGAUCGACUAGAAACGAUCCAGAAGAAGGCUGGUGGCCGGGUGCAGAUCGUCCUGCAUGGUACGAACGAAUUUCCUCCUGACAUUAUGGCGAAGUGCAUCGAUCGUGGUGUGACACGAAUCAAUGUCAACAAGCUUGUGCUCGACAAGUACAAUGCUUAUGUUGCGGAGAACACUGGCAAGGUGCCUUUGACACAAUUGAUGGAGAAGGGUACGGAUCUCAUACAAGAGUUGACGGAGAAGUGGAUGGACGCUAUUGGCAGCAGUGGAAAGGCAUGA